UUGAAACGUUGUACGGGGCCCGGUCUCGGUCAUGAAAUAACCGUACAAAUCGACGCUUUUUCGAAAUAAUUAGUCGAUGAUAACGAGUGAAAAGAACCCGAAACCGGUUGAUCGUAAUUUCCCAGGAAGGAGUUUGUUUUGGCAUCAAACGAGUUCGGUUGUUGCGCUGGUUAGUGUUGUGGUCAAUGUGGACGAUGCUGAUGAUACGUAUUUCAUUUUGGCAACAUAGUUUUUGAGAGCAUGAACGGCUUGUAGGGGAAACAUUUGUGUGGUGAAAAGUGUUUGGAUGUGCUUGCUGCAAAGUGCAACCAUGCUGCCAACCACCACGACUUCCCUAAUGAAACCCAUAGCGAUCAUCCUAAUUUUCUUCAUGACACGGUGCCUAUCGCACCUUUACCUACGCCCCAACUGUAAUGGCACCACAAGCAACUGCUCCUACACCUCCUACUUGAAAAUUCAUUUAAAACCGAAUGAAAUUCACCUGCUAUGCAGUAAACCGUUUUCACCGGUAGAUCCUGAAGAUGUACGCUCAUUUAACGCGAAACAGCUUAGAUCUAUCGAUGAUAGUUCUUUAUUAAAUUUGGCCACUAUGGCAAAAAAGUGCCAUAACACCAAAGUGAAACAAAUCAAAUAUGCCAUAGACAUUAAUAAAGUACAAAUAAUUAGAGUAACAAGGAAUUUAAUUGGGGAGGACAACCACUUGGAGUACCUGAAUAUCCAGAUCGACGACAAAAGUGAGGAGAUAAAGAAUAUCACCGUGUUCGAUGAUGAUUUUUUAAAAUAUGGCACCAAAUUAAAAACAAUAGUCAUAAAUAAUGCCAAAAUAAACGUUCUGAGGCACUACUUUAAGACUCAAUUUCAAAUUGAGACUAUUGAUCUCGCGUCUAACCAAAUAGAGCAACUGGAACAAGGGGCGUUUCAAAACCUACCAAAGCUCCAAAACGUAAUCUUGAGACAAAAUCUGUUUAAAGAUUUAAAUCAUAACUUCGAAAUGUUAAACUUAACUUACGUGGAUAUCAGCAUGAACACCAUACAGAACCUUACGCGAACCACCUUUUAUAAGACUAAUAACUUAAAGUUCUUAAACCUGAGUGAUGCAGGAUUAAAAACGAUAGACUUUAACACUUUUGAUAAAUUUUCUGGAUUGGAAACCCUCGAUCUGUCUUACAAUGCAAAUCUCACCUUAAAGGAGCACGUGUUUGCCAACUUAACAUCUUUAAAAUCCUUAAAUAUCAGUAGCUGUAGACUUACGGAUAUACCAGUACAGUUCCUAUAUAGAUCAAAGCACCUGGAUGUACUCAACAUAUCCACGAAUCUAAUAAGACACUUAGAUGAAAAUACUCUACACAAUUUAACCAAGUUAAGAAUCGUUGACUUAAGUUGGAACAACUUGGAAACCCUGCCAAAAAGUUUACUGAAUACUCUGGAGAAUUUAAGGGAAAUUUACUUAAGGGGGAAUAAAAUGGCCACUUUCGAUUCGGAGAUUUACUGGAAGGUACCUAAACUGGAAAUAAUCGAUUUAAAUCAUAAUAGGAUAAGUGCAUCGGUUAAUAGUGAUAGAAUCUUUAGAUGCUCUAUUAUAGAUUUAGGUAGGAAUAGAAUUAGAGCAUUUCCAAUUUUCUUGCUGAAGAAAGUACAUGAGUUGGUUUAUUUGGAUGUGAGUGACAACGAGAUCGAGAGGAUUGACUUGGCCUUACAGAUGAAGGAAAUGAUCCCGAAGAACCGCAAUGUACGACUGGCUAUAGAUCUCACGAACAAUCAAAUAGAAGAGCUCAACAUUAGUAAUCCAGAUAGUACUCAUACGGAAAAUGAGACCAACAACUGGCUAAUCACGAUGGAAUUAUCACAAAACAAACUGAGAUGCAACUGCCUGCACUAUCAAAUUGAGAAAGCACCUAAAAAUGAGGAUCACACUGCUAUUGUCCGAUUAACAGAUCAGGAAAGUGUUUGCUACACAAGAUACCCGUCUUUCAACUGCCCUUUGAUACACAUUUCCAACUGUCCUUCCAAAUGUAACUGUUUUUAUACCAGAAGCGAAAACGCCAUCAACGUAAACUGUUCAUCCAGAGGACUUAAAAGGUUUCCAGAAAUCAAGGAUAUACGAACGAGCAGCUACAAGCAUGACCAAUUGAUUGUGGAUUUGAGCGGUAAUUUAUUGAAUCUUAAUGGGCAGGAGCUGUUGAGGAAUUAUAGUAACAUGUCCGUUCUGGACUUGUCUAAUAAUAAGAUUGAGGAGUUGAAGUAUUUGCCUCCAACCGUAGAAGAACUUCGUUUGGAUAAUAACAGUUUGUCAUUGCUCAGUGAAAAUGUGGUAAAGCAGCUGGAACAUAGCGAAGCCAUUGAAAGUAUUUCAUUGAAUAACAAUCCCUGGAAGUGCGAUUGUGAUUCAUUAAUGUUUCAACAGUAUUUAAUAAAGUAUAACAAUAUAAAGGUAAAUCAGUCUACGGUGCUAUGCAAAGGGACCUUCGAUCAACUGGUCUACAGGAAAAUCUGCGAAACGCAGAAGAUUCUUAAAAUUGCCCUGCCUGUGGUGUUUGCAGUUGCCGCCCUACUAGCUUUAACAGUAGCUGUAUACUAUAAAUACUCUAUGGAGAUUAAGGUUUAUUUGUACUCUAGAAAUAUGUGUCUUUGGUUCGUUGCUGAAGAUGAUCUGGACAAGGACAAGAUUUACGACGUGUUCAUCAGUUUUCAUCAUAAAGAUGAAAAUUUCGUUGCUAAUCAUUUGCUUCCAGGUCUGGACCCCUUUUACAAAAUCUGCAUCCACACCAGAGACUUCACACCGGGAGCAUACAUAAGCGACCAAAUAGUCAACUCGAUCCACGACUCCCGAAGAACCCUGGUGGUACUCACCGAAGACUUCUUGGAGAGCACGUGGGGCAUGAUGGAGUUCAGAGUUGCCCACGCUCAGGCCGAAGAAGAAAAACGAAUCAGGGUGAUCAUAGUGCUCCCAAACGGUCCGUUAAAGGAGAGUUUACUGGACGACGACCUGAAGGCCUACUUGAAAACGAACACUUACGUGUCGUGGGAUGACGCGUGGUUCUGGAAGAAGUUGAAGUAUGCCUUGCCGCAUUCAAAGUUGAAAACCAAUAGGCCGAGAAGGCUCAUGGGGCAGCAGAGUGUCGAGUCUUUUCAUUUAAGAUAAGGCAAUGUGAAAACGUCGAAGAAGACUGUAAAGCAACACUUAUUGAAAACUCUCUGAUAAAUGAUUUUUUAUAAAGAUCUCUUAUUAAUUUUAUUUAAGGACAUACUAUUGGUAUCUAACGUGUGUCAUAAGAGAAACAAAAAAAGAAUGUGAUAUUUUGCUUGAAAAUUGUAUAUAUUGCUCAAAAUGGAAGUAUUUGUAAUAAAUAAAAUAUAAAAUUAA